AUGGGACUACCAGCUCGCCUUGGAGGCCUGGGCAUCACUGAUCCUUCCCAAAAAAGCUCCACUUUUUAUGAAAAUUCUAAAUCGAUUACAGCCCCAAUCGUCAAUAUCAUUAUAGAUCAAUCGAGAGUAAGUCCUCCUGAGAUUAAAAAGGCUCAAAUCAAUGAGAAAAAUCAUACCCGCAACCUACGAAGACGACAUGAGAAAGCUGAAGCAAACCUGAUUGCAGAAAGAUUACCUCCAAAUCUACAGAGAGCGAUAGAAGUUUCCACUGAGAAAGGAGCUUCCACAUGGCUUACCACGCUUCCGUUGUCUGACUAUGG